AUGGUCAAUAUAGCUCGCGAAUUGAGCUCGGCCACCAGCGCCAAUGCUCCACCUCAUCGACCCAUCCGCGCAGACACCCUCGACCUAAAGCAGAAGCUCGCUGUGGCCCUCGGUCAGAACGGUGCUCGCUACUGGCAGACGCUUGUUCAAUUCCUCAAAGGCGCCAUCGACCGUUCCGAAUUCGAGGCGCUCGCUCACAAAGCCCUCAAGACAGAGCACAUCCACCUGCACAAUGCGCUCAUUCUCGGUAUCCUCUACAAUGCUAGCGCAGAUGUACCUGGCCCAUCCAGCCGCGCCUCUAGACGAAUCACCCGUAUUUUGCCGGAUGGAACCACCAUCACUGAAGAAGAAGAAGAGGAGCCCAGUCGAAAGCGUCUUCGCAAUCUUGUCGCCGGCCUUCCCCGGAAAGAGCGUCUGCGUCUCAAAAACCUCGACAAGGCCGGCAAACUCGGUGCAAAUGCUGUGGGCGGAGCUGCCAGCCUCGGUUGGGCCGGCUCGGCUGCCGACAUGCUCGAGAAGAAGCGAAAAGAUGAAGAGAAGCGCAAGGUCGCCGAAGACCGCAAAAAGGUAAGACAGUACAAGAGCGCCAUCGGUGCCAAGGACUGGAAGGGCCAAGCCAUCCACGGAAACCAACAAAUUGCCGCUGUGCGCAGUAAGCUCUCCCUUUCUGCCCAACAAGCCGUCAUGCGUGCGAUGCAGGCACCGCUAUGCGUUGAAUCCAAGCACUUGCCCGAUCUGGACGGUCUCAAAGACCGUAUGACGCUGCUUGCCGUCGAAAAUGGUCUACCGGGAGGCGUGCAGCCCCAAGCUGCGGCUAUGGUGCUUUCGGCACUCCAAAGCCAUCUGCAGAACGUCGCCAGCAGCAUCAUCACAAAGAUCCGCGCCAACAGGACCGAUGGUAUCCGCACUAACCAGCCUCUUCGCCCCGCUGCCGAUUGCAACACUGGUGUCGACUCUACAUCGUACAUGCGCGAUGUCUUGCGAAUUUCGCCAGCGCUUGAUGCGAUGGAUGUGGACGACAGCGUGCCCAAUUCGGCUCACGGCAGUCCUGCUGGACGCGUGCGCUCGAUGCAAUCCGACAUGUCUUCGCGCACCAGUACCUCUGGGAUUGGCACCUCGUUUGCCGACUCUUCGAUGCUCUCGCUCGCCAGCACUGCGCCGACGAGCUUGACCGGACCCUCUUCGCCUUCGAUCCGAGAUAGCGACAGCAGCGGUCAGCUGCACGAUACUUCGUUCGGCAACAGCAGCACCAGUGCAGAUGCGGAAGAUGGCGCCGGUGCAACGAGCGACAGUUCUCACAACCGACCCAAGCGAUCGCGAGACACGAUGCAAGUGAGCUCGGUAGAGCGAUCGGACGCGGUCAGUACGCGUCUGACUGUCUCGGAUGUGGCAUUCCUACUCGAGGUGGCACCGCACACUGUUGUCGAGCCAAUGGGACAAGGAACGCAAGAACGAAUGCUAGCUCCGGAAUGGAGCGACGAUCUGGCGUUGGACGCAGACGACGAUGCUGGUAGCGCAGAUACGUGCUCGCCUGAACGUCAACUGGCUCGAGCUGCACGUCUAGCAGCUACUUGGCAUCUGAGCGACGUAGCGCUCGGCUCGGCACACGUCGCCGUCCGCAACCGGUUCAUUAUCGACCAGUCUGCCCCGCUAAAAUUGCUCGAUCGGCGGGCACUUGCUGAGAGCGCAGGGCGUCUUCGUCCCACCAAGGGCGGUCUGUCCGUGCCCGAGUACAAAGACACACACGCAGUGCUUGCAGAUGUCAAUGGCAGGAACAAGCGCUUGCACAACGGCGCCCCGCCACCCGUCGCUGCCACUCCGCUCCAUUCUCAUCGUCACAAAGACGACAUCUGGGACGUCGUCGAUCCUGUGGCUCUCUUUGGCCACAUCUGCGAAUAG